CUCUGCCAGACGACGAAUCGUCCUCCCUCUCCCACGCUCGAACCGCCACAGACCGGAUGCCCAGUACGCUACAACCGCUGCUGCUCUUCGCCUCGCUCGCGACCGCAGCGGCCUUCCCCGACGGCCUGUGGACCGGCGCGAGCUACGACGGCAUCGAGGCUGCCGAGGAGGCAGUCGCCCUCCACCAGGUUGAGGUGCUCAAGCAGUUUGCCAACAGCGUCGAGGAGGUCAAAGAGAGAGUGCAGAAGACUGCUCCCGGCUGGGCGCUCGGCAUAGUCUCUGCGGUCGCCGGCUUCCUCGACGAGACAGUGCAGGUGCCGGCGGUCAAGGCACACGCCGCUGCGAUGAGCCUGGCGCAGGCGGUCUCCCUGAGCGACCUGCGGCCGGGCGGGCGUCCGGUGCGGUGGGAGCACCUCACGGUGGUGAGCGGAGACGGCACGCGCCUCCGCGCGACCGUCGCCAUCCCUCAGCAGCGGGGCGGAGAGCGCGCCUCGUUCCCGGUGGUCGUGAUGCCCAACAGCUGGGCGCUGUGCGUGCUCGAGUACACGCUCAAGCAGCAGGAGUGGGCGGCGGCGGGGUACGUGGUGCUCCACUACCAGGCGCGCGGCUGGUUCAACUCGGAGGGCCUCAUCGAGGUCGCAGGCCCCGCGGACGUCGCGGACGCCAGCGCCGUGCUCGACGAGGUCGGGAAGAGGGCGGCGGAGUGGCGGGCGGAUGCGGAGGCGAUCGGCAUGGUGGGCGUGUCGUACGGCGGAGGCCUCGCGCUCCUCGGCGCGGCGCACGACGCGCGGGUCAAGUGUGCCGCUUCCCUCUCCGGCUGGGGCAACCUGACGAGAGCUCUCGCCGGGCAGGCGGCGCCCGACCCAGCGUCCCGUUCGGCAGCGGCGGCAGGCUCUCAUGUCUGGUUCGACAUCCUGAUGAGCACGUCCAUCCUCGUCGGCCGUCCCGACCCGCAGAUCCACGCGAUGUGGGAGAGCCUCGUCUCUGCCGUCGUCGACCCGGCCGCCGACGUCGACCCGCUGCUUGCGUGGGCCGAAGAGCGGUCCCCCGAGGCCUUUGCGGCAAAGAUGUGCGGCCGGCGGCUGCCCGUGCUCGUCUCAAACAACGCGCAGGACGAGCUGUUCGUGUCGGACGCCGCGCUGAUGCUGCGGCAGACGCUGCACGGCGCCGGCUGCCGCGUGCAGCUGCUCAUCAACCAAGGCGUGCACGCGAUGGCCGAGCUGCCCUCGCUCGCCGGCAUCGGGGGGCUGGUCGCGCACCAGCCGGUCUGGGACGAGACGCUCCGCUUCAUGCAGGCGCACCUGCGGCCGAGCAAAGAGCCGCCACCGGCGGGGCCGCAGCAGGGGGAGGUGGGACAUCACCCGCCCAGCCGACCGGCCAUCCGCUUCCAGCUCCGCUCUCCCGAGGGCAUCUUCGUCGCGCCGCGGUUCGUCUCGUACGACCGGUGGCCGCCCCGCGAGCAGGCAGCGGAAGCGGUCUCGCUCCGGCUCGGCCAGCCCCUGCUCGGGGGAGCCCAACUGCUGCCCAUGACGACAAUCCACCACGAGCGCAAGCCGAGCCUCACCGACCCGGCAAAGUCCCACGUGGGUUGGGACGGGCCUGACGCGCCGUUCGACGUGCGGAUGCGCGCGCUGUGCGUCGACGUGCCGCAGGGCCACUUCCUCGGUCUCGGGCUCACCCUCUUCGACCCGGGCUUCCUGCCCGCGAGCGAGGACCCGGCGCUGCGCGUGUCGGUCGCGUGCGGCGGCCCGAGCCGCCUCGAUCUGCCGCUGGUGCAUGGCACUGUGGCGCGGCCAAUCGAGGACUCGGAGCCGGAGCAACCAGCUGCUGCAGAGGCCGGAGUGGUGUAAUUUAUUUUGAGUGCUCGUCUGUGUCAAAAUUGACGAUUGACAUUUUC